CUCUUCUUGUGAUAACCUUACCUCUGAUCCCCCCACUUAUCGCCUGCUAACUGCCGUCUAACCGAGCCUUUUCAAAAUGUCUUACUGCCCUAUUUGUAGUAAUCGUAUGGAAUAUAGCGAAUAUGGAAAUCUAAUACCGACUAACAGGGCUGGAAGUGGAGGAUGGAAACCUGAGGCAAGUAAAUCCUUUUAAGAUAGUAUAUACCUCUUUGUUUAAGUCAGGAAAAUAACGUAGUCUUAUGGUUAUAGUAUUGCGGCCCGAACUGUUGGACGUGUGGAUAUCCGCAAGAGCGGUAUAGGAUAUGGCAAGCCGAGUCAGAGAGAAAAAUAGCGGAGAUGAGACGUGCGGAGGCCGAGAAGAAAGCAGCGGCCGAGAAGAAAGCAGAGGCCGAAAAGAAAGCAGAGGCCGAGAAGAAAGCGCAGGCCGAGGAGAAAGCAGAGGAAGAGAGGAAGGCAGAGGAAGAGAGGAAGACGAAGAAAGAGAGGAAGGCUGACGAAGAGAGGAAGGCUGAGGAAGAAGAAAUCUUCAACGCGCGUGUGGAGCACGUGAACGAUGCCAUCACCGAGUCCAUUUCGUUACAGUUUGGCGGCCCGACCCCCGUGGAGCCGGGAGAGCCGGAGUGGCUCGCUUGGGACUGGAAUGAUGGGCUCCUCCUUCGAUCAGGUGGGAGCAGCAGCAGCUGUCCUAACGUGCGGGUGCGACCCGGGCUCUGGGCGCGAGACGAUCCAAAGGCCCUCGAUACGCUCGUCAACCCUCAUGCCCCAUUCUUGAAUCGCCUUGCACAACUCUGCACGUCAGCUCGAGUUCAGGAAUGCACCCGCAGUCCCUGUACACAGCAGAGGGCGAUCAUGGAGCGCUUCGCGCCUGAGUGUGGAUGGCCCCGCUUUCGCCAGUGGGCCAUUGCCGCCAUGGCCUGUCAAUCAUGCUUCACCCACGCACAGAAGCUGACGCGCGCCCACACGCACCUGGUGACGGCCGCCUCGCUCUGCCACUGGCUCUUGAUCGGGUACAGGCACCGCUCCAGACCAAUCGAGGACGAGAUAGUCGGCAAGCGGCGGAACACACACCGCGUCGACCUGGCCAGCGUAUGCGAGGUCAUUUACUGGAUGCUCACCAUUCAAUCGCAUAUUGGCCUUGGCAACGUCGCUGAAGGCAAAUGGGGGCCCGAGUUCCUGCCAGUUGAGGUGGUACAGACAGCAGUAGCCACGGCCCGAGCAAGAGCCCGCCAAAUCGGUAUCUGCCCAUGGCGGCUCGAGAAGUUGACCGAGGUGGCUGAACGCAAGGAGGCUGACCUGCCUGCGCUCAUGGAGCUGGCCCAGCACUACCCAGCCCUGAGCAACUUCAAAGUCGGCCCCGGAGACCCCGAGUAUCACAAGGACCGCUACCACGGCUUUUGCACGCCGGAAGAGUGCGGCCCGAACAAGGCCGAUACCGAACAGAUGACACAACUCCACAAGUGUCCCCCGUGGCAGCGGGACGCCUGUGGACAACAUCCCGUCAAAUACUCAGUCAAGGCGCUCGAACGCUCCAUCGAGGCCAAGAGGGGAUCCCAAUGGUCACGCUUCAAACCACGCAUGGCUGCGCCCGGAGAGCCGUACGUCGCCAUCUCGCAUGUGUGGAUCGACGGCACCGGCGUCGGCAACGGCCCCAAAGGCCUAAAUAGCAAAGCGUCCAGCAACCAGGGCAAUGUCAACCGCUGUCUCAACGACUACUUCACCCGGAUCGCCGAGAGGGAGAACUGCUCGGCAAUCUGGUGGGACACCAUUUCGUUGCCGAUAAACCCAAAGAUCCGGUUGCAGGAGAUCCACAAGAUGCAGAAUACGUACCGCGAUGCCACGCACACCAUCGUGCACGACAGUGGCCUCCUCGACUUCGAGUGGGCCGACGACGGCAGUCCCUGUGUUGCCCUAGUGCUUUCGGCCUGGUUUACCCGCGGCUGGACCGCCCUUGAACUGCAUGUGUCCCGCCGGAGCCUCAAGGUGUUAUACAAGGGCCCCGACCCGCAAACUCCACUGAUCAAAGAUCUAGACAAGGAUAUCCUGGCGCACGACCCGCGAAACACGACCCGUGCUCACUGGAUUGCCUCAUCGAUUAUCCGGCGCUUACGCCAACGCGUCGAGAAUGUCCGCGACAUGUUGAGCAUUCUCCGCCCGCGUGCUACCUGCCGCGUCAAAGACCGCACCACCAUUGCUGGCCUUCUCGCAGACCUGGACCCUCCCACUUGUACAGAAUGCACAAACCCCCCCUCCGAAGACGAUCCAGAUGCAAAAAGACAGGCCUUUAACAAGCACGUCGAGAUGCACACGACCCGCCGAGUCCUGACGACCCUGGGCAAAGUCGGAUGCGCGUCACUCAUCCAUGACAAGGAACCGAUGGAAAAUUCAGGACCCUUCUCCUGGACGCCCAGUGCAGUGCAUGACAUGCCGGUGAACUCAGGGGGGGAUCUCCAACCAGGUAUCUUCGGGGAUGGCAUGCUAGACGUGGAUCAGUAUGGCCGAGUCAUGGGCAGCUGGCACUAUCGGGGCUUGACGCGCGAUGAUGCCGCCUAUUUUGUCGAAGCGAUAGAUUCUGACAACGAAGGAAUGGUUACGCGUAUCACGGAUGCCCUCCGCCAUUGGCAGAACUGCUUGAUCCUGCGGGAGUUACCGCAGGACAAAGGCCCAGCCCUUCUCGCGACGACGGUAGGCAAGGAAUCCGUUAAUGGGAGAACCAUUACCGACUGCCACUACGUGGGCGGCGUGACAGUGCGUGCUGAUAACAAUCCUUAUGGCGAAAGCUACGACAUCAGGUAUUCGUACGGCACCGUUCGAUUUGGGAACGAGAAUGGCCGGCCCGAUAUGAGAGCACGGGACAUCGUCCAGCUUCGUGAUGCUGCUCCUUCUAACGAAGAGAGUUAUGACGGAGAGGACGGCGAGGAGAUACCAGAGGAUGGAGAAGAGGAGGGUUGGAUUGGUAGUGAUAGCAAUGGCCCACGGAGGCCGAGGGGUAUGUUUUAAAUACUAAGUUACUAGCUAACCCUAUUACUAGGUUUCGUGGCAACCGGGCUGCCGGUUUCAGCCGUAACACUAUACUAGCCCUUGAAGAGGUUAUGAUUAGUUUGAAUAAUUUUUCUCAUAAAAAUUUGUCAAUGGGGGGUUGGCGUAGACUCCCAAAACCUGCUGACGCGAUUUAAGUGCCCAUUAUAACUCGUGCGCCCAGUACCGUUUUCCUGGGAGAAUUAGAGGAAUAUAGUAGUGUCUAGUGCAUAUACCCCCACAGCGCCUAACUUCUACAAUGGGAUAGAACUGCUCCGCGAGGUUGACAGCACUUGGAACCAUGUCAACGGCACCGUGCCAUGGAGCGAGCACGACGAGGCAGGCAGAUUGGUGGCAGCCCUGGCAUGGAAGUAUAAUUCCUGCGCGGUAGAUGCUGUCUUCGUGGCGGCACUUCUCCUAAAUGUAGGGAGGGUGCAGGCCGGCCAGGCAGAUCAAACAUACCUGCAGUAGUUUGGCAUUCACGCAAGGCUGAUGCGAAAGAUCAUUCGCCUGCCAUGGUCGAAGCUUACGAGGGUCCAAAUCGGCGAUCUACGUGAUAUUCUUUGCGGGGCAUUGGAACAAGAGGAUGUUAUCUAUAGAGCUUGAAACGUUUGAAUCCGAGAGUCACAACAACGAGGUCGUUGAUCACUGAGGAGAAAUCUGUCGGAGCAGACGAAACUAGACAAAAGUCGGCAGGCGCAGAGGAGCAGGAAUCGAAGGGGGGCGCCGAGAAAUCCAAGGUCGAACUUACACCAGAUGCUGCUAAACAGCAGAUCGUCAACUUCGUCGCUGGUUACAAGGUGCAGAAGAAGAAGGGAGAUGACGAGUUUGAGGAUAUUGACGAAACGCCGUCAAAGAAGCUGAAGACUGUAGAGGAGCCUGCUAUGUGAGCUAAGGCGGCAAGCUCGCCUCUCUGAUAUCAGCAUGUGAGCUAUUACAAGACUUGUGCAGUAUGCAUAGGCAUAGUACAGAACUGAACAAAAGCCGAAGGAUGAGCGACGUAAGGCCCUUCUACCCUCGACACCGCCCCAUGCCUAUUUCUUCACAAGCUGUACCACACUCUGUAUCAAAUUUUACGUCUGCGGUAUGUCAGCGCUGAACGCUUUGUUUCUGCCGAUCGCACGCUGGCGACCGUUCCUAGGAAGCCGAGUCGAUGGUUUGGAGAUGGGCGAGCGCUGAUCGCGGGCUGUCAUGGCCUUGUCAUUGAUGGACUAUCACUGUACAGUACGCGGUAGAUCCUCUGUCAUGGACCAAUUGGUUCGAUUGGAUGUGAGGAUGGGGAAGCUAUAUCCCGCUCGUCGUGAUGCAUUGCUCGGUUUUCUUAUGGGCAUACUUAGUCUAGCAAACUGGCAGCCUAGAGAGGAUCAUAAGUAUCCCUCUCCGGUCCUCUCCAUCGCUCGACCCUUUUUCUCACUUACUAUACCCAUAACAACUCUACUUGAACUAUACUGUACUCGUCUAGCGCUCAUGGCACUCUCUCAGAGCGUUAAGUUCUAGACGUUGUUAGUUCUGAAUUAUAAAGAAAAAAUUAUAGUUUAAAAGAAGCUUCCUCCUUACACGUCUUUAUCUUUGUACUAUAAGAUGUCAUAUAAUAUAGAUUAGCACUAGAUAUUACCAUUGCAAAACUGCCA